CUAGCUUAGCCUUCUCUCUAGUUCUUGUCACUUAUCUUGUUCAUUAGGUUUCUCCAACAAAACAAAUAACAAAUCAAGCAGAUUAUAAUAAGCUUGAUGAUUACUUUGUUAGUUUUAAAGUUUGAGACUGAUGUCUCCAAUUCUCAUGAGUGAAUUGUUGUUCUUAUCUCAGUUUAUGAUCAUAAAUAAUAAUUAUUCAACAUACAGACGUAAUAGGACCCAUCUUGUUCAAUCUUUCUCAGUUGUCUUCCUCUAUUGGUUAUAUUACGUUUCAUGAUCCUUUUCUUUUUUCUCUCAUACAUUAUAUAAACUAGUAUUUGGGUCCUGUUGUUUGUUUAGUAGUAGUAAUAAUAAUAAAUAAUUCUCAUGGCUUCAUCCUGCGAUGGAACGAGUUCAAGAUCAUCUCUUAUGAUUCAGAACUCGGGUACUUCUGAUGAGGAUCUUCAUCAGAAAUUGAUCAUGGAUCAGAAGAAGAGGAAGAGAAUGAUAUCAAAUCGAGAAUCAGCCAGACGAUCGAGGAUGAGGAGACAGAAGCAACUAGAUGAUCUGACAGUUCAGGUGACUCAACUGCAGAAGGAGAAGAACGAAUUCAUCUCAAGAAUCUCACUCACAACUCACCAUUACUUGAUUGUUGAGUCUGAGAACUCGAUCCUCAGGGCUCAGAAGGCUGAACUCAGUCACAGACUCAACUCUCUUCAUCAAAUCAUUAGCUUUGCCAACAAUAAUAAUUAUCACUAUUCAUCAGUUCAUGACCUGCUGUUGCAACAGGAAACUGAUUUCUUCACAGAAAAUCAUAAUUAUUCAUGGCCGGGACUUAAUUCUUCUAUGUGCCUAAACCAGCCCAUUUCCAUGGCUGCUGCUGCUGUAGACAUGUCAAAUUAUUGAUCUCUAGAAUAUUUAUCUAUAUAUAUACAAGUCUCAGAGUAUUUAUUAUUUAGUCCAGUCCAGUCCAACAGAAGAAGUUGAGAUAAUUAAUUAGUGAUGUGUAUUUAUAUGUAUAAUAAAUUAAUAAUAGUACAUGUAAUGGUGCCAAAUUUGUACAUUUUCAAGAACUUGUGGACUUUAAUGUGUAAUGCUAAUAGUAACUCAUUAUAAUAUUGGUUGC